AUGACCGAGGCCGAUGCUCUGCGUGUCGUGGGCAGAGCUCUGGACAAAGUGAGAAUGAAAUCCCGAGACACCACUGCCUACGAAAUGGAUACUGCAUCCAUUGACAAAAGUUGGAUUGAUGCCACUCUGUACGGUGGCGGCGAUUCUGACAAUCUAAGCCCAUCCACUGAGAUUGUCUGUAACACUUGCUACAUCACGGGCUCGGUUACUGGCGAGUUCAGCUUCACCGAUGGGUUCAACUUAACAAAUGCCGUGAAGGACAUAAAGAGUGAUGUUGAGACGACUAUAGAAGACGAGUAUAAUAAGCUGAAACAGAACCACUCUAUCAUUGAGAUCAUUACAUCCUCGGAAAACGAUCCAUUCUCAUUGAACGUCGAUCUUGAUUUGAAUAUAGACAAUUUUACUGGUUUUGCAGACGCGAAAGUUCAUUUCGAGCUUGACAAUCUGGAAAUCUAUCUUGAUAUUGAUACUAAGCUGCCAGGCCAUGCUUUCACGCUCAACCUUUUCACCUCGCAGACUCCCGUGGGCUUCAAAAUCCCAGACCUAAACGUGGGGGCCGUUUUCAGCGUUGAUCUUAUUCUUAUCCCCGAUGCGGAUAUUCAUAUCGAAAGUGGAAUUCAUAUCAAACUAGAUGAUGGCGUCGCUUUUGACAUGCAACUGUUCGACAAGGAUAUUGCAAGUACCACAGUUCCUGGGGCUCAAUACGAGUUCCUGCCUCUCACAAUCAAAGUGAAUGGGGGCUCGCUUCGAGCUGUUAUAAGACUUCAGAUCAGCCUAGGAGUUGAAUUGGCCUUACCUUCUAUCUUGAGCGAUCUCGAUGCUAGCGUUGGCGUCGUAACUGAUGUUUUUGCCUAUGUCGCCGAUAUCUCCAUGAAUGUUGACAGUGGCAAAAGCUCUGAACCCAAUGAAUGUGACAUUUCGGCUGAUCUUGAAUACACGCUUGCCGUCGGAGCAGCAGCCGGCGCAACGCUUGCGAUAGAUUCCCAUGGAUGGGGCCCCGAUUUCACCUCAACAGUUCCGAUAUUCACCACUACAUUGGCAAGUACAUGUGCGAAAAGCCAGACAGAAACAAGCACCACCCAAUUUACUCAAAGCACUUCAACGUCAACAGACUGGCUUGAUGCGAUAGGUCUUCGAGAUAUCGCCACCAACACAGUGCAGACAUACACAAUUACCCGAUGUGCCUCAACUGGACUAGUCGAGUGCCCUAUCAGUCUGCAGACUACCAUUGUUCAAAAGAGCACAGGGACAUCUGCUGGAACCACAGGAACGUCUGUUCCCAGUACGAUUGCAUUUGGAACAAACGUAGCCAAGGUAGCUGCCACCACGGGCGCACCAACUGCGUACUCUACAAAUCAUAGCGUUCUUCAUGGCACCACGAACGGAACCAGCAACAAGCUUAUAAUUGGCCUGAGCGUUGGGCUUGGAGUUCCCUUUCUUGUCGCCUUAGCCGCGGGAAUCUGGUAA